AUGUCUUGUCAGAUAACCGAUCCCACACUCUGCGCUACCCCAAACGACCGGACUGAACACGAAAACGACGGAACAUACGAAAAUGACGAGACCGAACACGAACACGACGAGACUGAACACGAAAAAGACGAAACUAAGGAAGACGACAAGACCAAAAAUUCCAGCGACAAUGAUCCUCGUGUUGCAUGUAGUGAUGGCGUCAUCAGCAAGCGCAAUAUGCGCUCACACAAACAGACGCGUUUGUCGUGGUUGGAGUCCGACGAACAACGUUUACUAUCAUACAAGAACAAGAUGGGUAUGGUUUGGGUAGACAUAUUCGAACGUUUCCCAAAUCGUACGCCUGGAGCAAUUCGGUUGCGCUAUCAGAUGUUAGCCGCUAGAGAAAUGGAGUACGAGGUAGAGGAGGUACUGGAAUCCGUGAUCAGACAGAAGAAGUUGCAGUAUCGUGCAAAGUGGACAGGAUACAACAAUGACCCGGUAUGGUACGAUGCGUCCAACUUCAAGAACAGCGUUCAAAAGCUCUAUUCUUUUCACAAAUCCAAUCCUGCGCAACCAGGGCCUCCAAAAAGGCUGGAGGACUGGACGAGGUGUUUCAUCGAGGACAGAGAUGAGGAGGACCACUCUGACGACGAUGAACCCUGUGAUGAAGACGCCAAAGAGGUACUGUGUAGUAACAUCAGUGUACUGCUGUCUUACGAAUAA